AUGGACGAUAGUGAACCUCAAAGGACCGCUUCCGGCUCCAUCGGCCAAUUUUCGUUCGCGCCGGCGACGCGAACUACUGUCGUGACCACCACCACUACUACUACGACUACAUUUCCUCCCUUAUUCAUCAAGCCACCACGCGCGGCCCGAGAACUCGACCCCAAGCUAUACCCUCUGGCUUCGUCUCCUACACCCUCAGCGUUGAAAAAUAUCAGGUUUGACGUCGGAGGCAAGUCCGUUGUUUUUAACGAGCCUGAUGAUACUACGGCGACCAUAGAAGAGAUCACCGAAAGGAAUGAUGCUUUGAGGGCCUCCAACGGUGUAAUUCGGUCGGUUACCUCUUUUAGCUCUGAAGAUAGCCAGCCGUCGCGUCGGUUCGCCGCCCCACGAAUUUCAAGCCACCCAUCGCCUGUCCCAACCAGCUCGAAGCGUAGGCCACUAUCACUUGCGGACUCCCGGCAAGGACCUCUGAGAACGCAGUCAACCCGAGUUCCAUCUGAGCCUUUGAUUCGUUCCUCUCGAUCCCAUGGCGGCAUUUCUUCAUACCCAAGGUCCGCCGGAUUGGCAACACCCGAGACAGAAAGCGGUAGCUUCAGUUCUCAAGACAGUAUUGCGUCGCGGCGGAGAAUUCACAGCGCAAACUACCCCCGAAAGGAAACCCUGCUUCGGUCUCCAUUAUCUUCAGAAGUCGAAACCCAGGGCGACCUAUCUGUUCUACAUGCUAGAAAAGACCCUCCUCGUACCAGGACUAUCGUUUCCGAGAGAAGCAGACAUUUUUCGCGCCCUUUGGUUUCAGACCCCUCGGAUUCAACAAUUCACGAGGACCACGAUUUGGAAACUUCAGAGAGCCAAGAUACUGAAUUCAACCCGGAUUCCCUUUCGCAGAGUCGCUCCAUAGACUCUACUUCGCAAUUAACACUCAUUGACAAUGUACUUGCGCAAGAUAUGUGUUUGCCCAGUCCGAGUUUAUCGCCGGUGGCAGCCAUGAACGCCAUGCAUGCCGAAUCCUCCUUUGACUCUGCCGAAGACCCUGAAGAUGAAACGGAUUCGAGCUUUGAACAAAUCGAUUCGCAGCUUGCCGAUUCGUCUACAAAGGCCCUGAGUGCUCCUCCCGCCCCUGUGGCUGUCGACCCGAACCCUGACAACUUACCCCCGGCAGCUAGGAUGCCCGGUGCGUCGUCGUUGAUGGAUAUACCAAAUGUUGUGAACUUUUUUGACUCAAUGCCGGAAGAAAUGAAGACCUAUCUCAUGUACCAGCUCCUCAAACGCUGUCCCAAGCCGACUCUGCACUUUGUCGCCGAUGUUGUGAACCCAGCUUUGAAAUGCGACUUCCUCACGCUUCUCCCACCAGAGUUGAGUUUGAACAUUGUGAAAUAUUUCGAUGCACAAACUAUGUGCCGUGCUUCCCAAGUCUCGAAGAAAUGGAGGCACAUCAUUAAUUCGGACGAGAAAUCGUGGAAAGAGCUUUUCGAUCGGGAUGGCUUUUCGCUUCCGGAAGGAGAGUUGCAACGUGCUAUUAGGGAGGGCUGGGGCUGGCAGUUUCCUAGCGGGCUAGAAGAUUACGAAAAGGACCUCAGCCUCUCAACUUUUAGCAAACUCGAUUCAGAGCCUUCUGGUUCUGCUCUAUCACCACUUGCCGGACCAAGCGAUAGAUCGACGUCUGUUAAUCGUCGACCGAAGAGGAAAGCGAAUACUCGGGUCUCGAGCAGGAAGCUGGCUAAGCGAAAGAUCUCAUCGAGCGGCACUGAUCAAUCGGACUCCUCAGAUUGGAAAAGGGAAGUGUCAAUGACAGAAGGCCCAUACGCUGCCGCCAAUGCUGCCGCCGCGGCUGUCCCGUAUCCAGAUAUUGGUCUUCCAUCCCUUAGGGGCCUUCAUUUGUACAAGUCCCUUUAUCAGCGGCAUUAUUCUGUGCGCAAGGGUUGGAUGAAACCGGGAGUGAAGCCAAGGCAUAUUGCGUUCCGUGCCCACGACCGUCAUGUAGUCACAUGCCUUCAAUUCGAUACGGACAAAAUUCUGACGGGCAGCGACGACACAAAUAUCAACGUGUAUGACACGAAGACAGGCGUUCUAAGGGCAACUCUUGAGGGACACGAGGGUGGUGUGUGGGCACUCGAAUAUUACGGCAACACUCUAGUUUCUGGAUCAACGGACAGAUCCGUCCGUGUCUGGGACAUUGAAAAGGCACGAUGUACUCAAAUAUUCCACGGCCAUACAUCAACUGUCCGUUGUCUGCAAAUAGUCCUACCCGUCGAGGUCGGGAAGAAAGCAGAUGGUACACCUGAGAUGAUGCCCAAGGAGCCACUGAUCAUUACAGGCUCACGAGACUCAAACCUACGUGUGUGGAAGCUUCCCAAACCUGGCGACCCAGGCUACUAUCAGAGCGGCCCCCAUGUGGGCGAUGCUGAUUGUCCUUAUUUUGUCCGUGUGCUCACCGGUCACCAACAUUCCGUCCGCGCAAUCGCAGCCCAUGGCGACACUCUAGUAAGCGGGAGUUAUGACUGCACCGUGCGAGUUUGGAAGAUUUCGACCGGAGAGACUGUUCACCGGCUGUCAGGCCAUUCUCUGAAAGUGUAUAGCGUGGUUCUUGAUCAUAAACGCAACCGUUGUAUAAGUGGCUCCAUGGACAACAUGGUCAAAGUUUGGUCUCUGGAGACUGGCUCGAUUUUAUACAACUUGGAAGGCCAUACGUCGCUUGUUGGUCUCCUGGAUCUCAAGUGUGAUCGUCUUGUCUCGGCAGCUGCAGACUCGACUCUCCGAAUUUGGGACCCUGAGACUGGUCAAUGCAAGAGCAUGUUGAGUGCCCACACUGGGGCAAUUACAUGUUUCCAGCAUGAUGGCCAGAAGGUCAUUUCAGGCUCCGACCGAACUCUGAAGAUGUGGGAUGUACGAACCGGGGAAUGUGUUCGGGACCUUCUCACAAACCUCGGAGGAGUGUGGCAAAUCAAGUUCAAUGACCGUAGAUGCGUUGCUGCAGUGCAGCGUGAUGGCAUGACUUAUAUCGAGGUUCUUGAUUUCGGGGCUUCACGCGAUGGUCUUCCAGAAGAUCAACUAGGCAGACGCAUCGUCGUCAAUCGAUCGGGCCAGGAAGUCAGUGAUACCGACGAAGAUUAUGAUCUCUCCGAUGCAUAG